AGUUCCAUGAAGGGAAACACCCAGUUGCUGCUGUAGGAGGGACAUAUUUUUGAGAACAGGAAAUUGAAUGUUACCUUCUUACACUGUACUGGGGAGCUAUGGCUGCAGAGAAUCCUGUGGAAAGUCUCAAAGAUGAAGCUACUUGUUCCAUCUGUCUGGACUAUUUUGAAGAUCCAGUGUCUAUAUGCUGUGGGCACAAUUUCUGCCGAGCCUGCAUCAGCCAGUACUGGAGGAAGUCAGAUACAAACUUCUCCUGCCCUCAGUGCAGGAAAAUUGUUCACCACAGAAACUUCAAGCCAAACAGAGUGCUGGCAAAUGUUGUGGAAAUAGCCAAACAGUUGAGUUUACAGACAGCAAAAGAUUCAGGAGGCGAGAGGGAGUGUGAGAAACACCAGGAGGCUCUGAAACUCUUCUGUGAAGAGGAUGAAAAUCUAAUUUGUUCGAUCUGCAGAGACUCCUGGGAUCACAGAGCUCACACUGUGGUUCCCAUAGAAGAAGCUGCCCAAAAUUACAAGGCUCACAUUCAGAGACAACUGGAGUUUUUGAAGCAAGAGCGAGAUGAGGUUCUGGGUUUUAAACGAAGUGGGGAAAUGAAAACCCAGAAGCUGCUGAAACAAACAGAAACCCAGAGGCAGAAGAUUGUGUCCGAAUUUCAGCAAGUGCGCCAGUUAGUGGAGGAAAAACAGCGACUCCUGCUUGCCCAGCUGGAUGAGAUAAACAAGGACAUUUUAAAGAGGCAGAACAACUAUAUUGCCAAAAUCACAGGAGAAAUAUCCCGUCUUGACCACCUGAUCAGUGAGCUGGAGGGGAAGUGCCAGCAGCCAGCGAGUGAAUUCCUGCAGGACGUCAGAAGCACCUUGAGCAUGUACGAGGCUCCUUCUCACUCCCCCUCAUUCUCCACAGUUCUGGAAGGAGCUUGGACACUAGGGGCCAGAUUUACAAAGGACAUCACAAGUGCCUGGAGCGAGUACAUGGCUCCUUCUCACUCUGCCUCCUUCUUAUCGACCCUGGAAGGGGUUUGGACAGCAGGGACCAAAUUUGUAAAGGACAUCAGAAGCACCUUGAGCGGAGGCAGACAGAGGACAUUUGAGAAUCCAGUGAGUCUUUCUCCUGAAUUUAAAUGGGGCAGCUGGGAUUUCUCUGAAAAGACCAGAAUUCUGCACAACAUUCUGAAGAACUUCAAAGAGACUCUGGUGUCAGAAUGGAGGCUGGACAAAGGAGUGCAUUCCCAAAGCCUGACUUGGGCACUGAGGCUCCUAUACAGUGAAUAGAGAGAGAUGGGUGCCUAAGAAUGCCAUGCUCCAAAGCCAGGUGAGUAGGCUAGCCCCUGGGGGAGGCUGAUGAGAAGGGGGGUGUCCUAAGUCCCACCCCCUCACAGAGAUAAGCAAAGUCCAGGCUGCAAGAGGCCUCAUCUCUGCUUGUGAUUCUCAGGCUGGGAACCUCCUUGGAGUUAGGCGCCAUAUGCUCUUUUAGCAAGAAGCCGAGCAGGCGCCUAAAGUCACUCGCCUACGUUUUUCAGAGUACAAGUUCCCUCGUCACCGUGUUUCUGUCUCUAGCUGUGCACAUUGCUGUCCCCCUGUGGGCCUCCAGCUGCCCGUCUCCUCCCUCAGCCCCAGAGCUAUUCUCAGAGAGAGGGAAGAGAAGCAUUCUGCUGCCUAACUCACAUGCGGGGCCUGAUCCAGUAGGUGUGCGCAGAGGCUACCUACUGGAGCUGACACUACUCCAAAUCUGGCUGGUGUCAGCAGCAGUAGCUGCUUUAUAACUUUUAGCCCAGUGGCUGGUGCACUCGCAUGGGAGCUCGGAGGCCCAGGUUCAAGUCCACCUCUCUCUUUGACUGGGAGAAAGGAGUUGAACAUCUCUCACAGGAGCAGCAGAAACUAGGCAGCUAAGGAUGUUUUACUCUGAAAAACGUAGGUGCUACAUGACUUUAGGUGUCUACAGCAUUUGACAGGGAAUUUGGGGCAGUGCCGUGGAACCAAAAUUGAGACUUAGGUGCUUAAUUCCUUUUGAGCAUCGAGCCCCACAUCACUAUUCCAGGGGAAGUUGGACUCCCAACACUUUGUGUGAGGGCGAGCACCAAAAAGGAUCAGGGUGCACUGUGUGCUGUCAGGCAAGAAGCAAUGGGUGCAGGAUGAAAAAGAUUCAAGGUCUCAGGCCUGGCAUGGCCACUCCUUUUGCUGUCACUGACCUAUCCUUGCCAGGGGAGUGACUCUCCCCUACACUUUGAUGAGAUCUCAGAGCUGCCUCUAUUCAGACCUGGGUAAAUCCUGGAGGAAGGAGAUUCCCUGAGUCACUCUCCAGCUGGGGCAGAUUCUGUCACUGGCACGAUCAACCCCGCCACCAAGGCUGAGAUCUGCCUCUGAUACUCUGAUUUUCUCUCUCAUUCUCUCUCCAGAAAAUGUGACACUGGAUCCAGACACGGGAAAUCCCUGGCUCAUCGUGUCUGAGGAUCAGAAAGGCAUGAGAUGGCAGAAUCCAUA